UGAAAUAUUCCAAUUUCCAAUUAGAUUUAAAUAAAAAACAACAAACAUGCCUUUCGUUCCUGUUGAAACUCCCAAGUGCCCCAAGUGCGGCAAAUCUGUCUACGCUGCUGAAGAACGCGUUGCUGGAGGUUACAAAUUCCACAAGACCUGCUUCAAGUGCGGCAUGUGCAACAAAGCCCUUGACUCCACAAACUGCACAGAACACGAAAAGGAAUUGUACUGCAAGAACUGCCAUGCCCGCAAAUACGGACCUAAGGGUUACGGUUUCGGUGGUGGUGCUGGCUGCCUUUCCAUGGACACUGGUGCCCAUUUGAACAGAGAAGAAUUGGAUGGCGUUCGUAAUGGCGCCCGUUUGGAACCCAAAAAAAUUGCUAAAGCUCCAGAAGGUGAAGGUUGUCCCCGUUGUGGUGGUUAUGUAUAUGCUGCUGAACAAAUGUUGGCCCGUGGCAGAGGUUAUCACAGAAGAUGUUUCAAAUGUUUACUCUGUAAUCGUACAUUGGAUUCUACCAUGCAUUGUGAUGGUCCAGAUAAGGAAAUCUACUGUAGAGGCUGUUAUGCUCAACGUUUUGGUACAAGAGGUUAUGGACAUAUUGGCAUGUCAUCGUUAGGUCUAAUGUCCGAUAUUAUGGAUUGUGAAAGGCAAAGUGAUAUGGCUCCUCGCACCGCCGCUAUUGAUGUAAGUAAGAUUAAGGCCCGCCCCGGUGAGGGUUGCCCACGUUGUGGUGGUGUUGUCUUCGCUGCCGAACAGGUGCUGUCCAAGGGUCGUGAAUGGCACAGAAAAUGUUUCAAGUGCCGUGAUUGUACCAAGACUUUGGAUUCGAUCAUUGCUUGUGAUGGUCCCGAUGGUGAGGUAUAUUGCAGAACAUGCUAUGGCAAGAAAUGGGGUCCUCAUGGUUAUGGUUUCGCUUGCGGUUCUGGUUUCUUGCAAACUGAUGGUUUGACUGAGGAACAAAUUGCCGCUAGCCGUCCAUUUGCUCCACCAAGCACUACCUCUAUUUUGGCACCCGAAGGUGAGGGCUGCCCACGCUGUGGUGGCGCUGUCUUUGCUGCCGAACAACAAUUGUCCAAGGGUCGUAUGUGGCACAAGAAAUGCUACAACUGCUGCCAGUGUCAUCGUCCACUCGAUUCGAUGUUGGCUUGUGAUGCUCCCGACAAGGAAAUCUACUGCAAGGCCUGCUAUGGCAAGGCCUAUGGACCCAAAGGUUUCGGUUUUGGUCACACACCAACUUUGGUGUGCACCGGUGAGGGUGAAACACGCAAUCUAUAUACCGAUGGCAAGCCCUUGGCUGGUCCCAAAUCAUCCAGCGGCUGCCCACGUUGCGGCUAUGCCGUCUACGCCGCCGAACAAAUGAUCAGCAAGAGCCGCAUUUGGCACAAACGCUGUUUCCACUGUGCCGAUUGCCGCAAAUCCUUGGACUCCACCAAUUUGAAUGAUGGUCCCGAUGGUGAUAUCUACUGCAAGGCUUGUUAUGGUCGUAACUUUGGUCCCAAAGGUGUUGGUUACGGUCUCGGUGCUGGUACUUUGACUAUGGCUUAAACAAUUCCAA